AUGCGUUCACUCUUAACCAUCUAUAUUGUCUCAGCUGUCUUGUUGCUUAAUCUUGUUUCCUGUCAAGAUUCAACCACUUGGCCAGUAAAUUCAGAAGCACCAGCCCAAACCUCAACCCCAGUCAAUGACCAAGAGGAAAGGGCACAAACAACACCCGUACCAGAUAUAUCACAUAAGUCAGCACAGAAACCAAAAACCAAGUCGAAACCGAAACCAACUCCAAACCCGAAGCCAAAGCCAAAACCAACACCAAAACCAAAAUCAAAACCAAAAUCAAAGCCAAAGCCAAAGCCAACUCAAAAGCCAAAGCCAACUCAAAAGCCAAAGCCAACUCAAAAGUCAAAGCCCAAACCGAAAUCAUCAGGAAAUAAAAAGGGCCAUUAA